GUGAAGGGCCCGGCGUCGUCUGCAGCACCGGCACAUCGCGACGAACACGUGCGGAUGCAUACCCGGGCUUGAUGACGAUGGUGGCGGUGACGAGUCGUCGCGAUCACCAUGGCUGGUGAUGUGGUGCUGAGGAUGGUGAAGGCGCUGCUGGCGCUGCUCAUGGUGACGGCGGUGGCUGCGGCCGAGGAGGCGUCGGCGUCAACAGACUCCGUGGUGGAUCUGCUGGACGCCGUGAAGGCGCCCGAGGAGCCCCUGGGCGUGCGGCGGGCGGCGGGGUUGUGCCCCCAGGACGCCGCCUACCGCCUGAGCGAGCGCGCCCUGCUCACCGCCACCACGGCGCAGAUGUUCCAGAGCGGCUUUCCCAGGGACUUCUCCAUCGUGCUGGCCGUCCGCCUGCAGAUCGGUACUCCGCGCUCUGCGAUUUUGACCGUGUACAACGACGUGGGCGACGAGGAGCUGAUGGUGACGGUGGGCGAGGACGUCCAGCUGUACUACCGGUCGGCGGCGGCCGAGGACGACGCCGAGGGCGAGAAGGAAAAAGAGGCGUCCACCGUGUCCUUCGGCGCGAACAUUGCCGAUGGCGAAUGGCACCGGCUGGGCUUCAGCAUCAAAGGGGACUCUGUGACGCUGGUCCUGGACUGCAAGAAGCACAUCAACUACCCGCUGAAACGCGGCGCGGCCGAGAUCAGCACUUCAGGCAUUAUACUGAUCGGGCAACAACUCCUCGACGAGGGCUUUUUUACGGGGGACGUGCAGGCCCUGUACAUCCUGCCGUCGCCGGAAGGCGCCUACGACAUGUGCAAGGCGCUGUCCGCCGACUGCUCGCGGCCCGCCUGGCGGCCGCCGUGGCGGAGGGACCGCGCCAACUCUACCGCGGCCGUCAUGGCGGCCUACUCCCUCAACACGACGACAGUCACAGUGUCCCCCGACGCCUUCCGGACCAGGGCGUCGGCGACGUCCGGGACCUUGGAUGACCUGGCCAACAACCUGGUGGAGGUCGACGGCCAGCUGGUGGACCUCGGUGGAGCUGAGGGUGGCGGCUUCACGCGGUCAGUUCACGGCUUCAGCACCUACUCGUCGACUACACCCGUCACAGACUACAACACGACGGAGAGCUACGACACCGAAGACGCCUACGGCGACCCGUACUCGUCGCUGGCGGCGACGUCGUCUGGCCGCGGGCCACCGGGACCCCGCGGGUACCCAGGGCCGCCGGGGCCCACGGGCCCGAUGGGCCCCAAGGGUGCGCAAGGCCGCGACGGCCUCGCGGGCGUCAACGGCAUCCAGGGGCCUCCCGGACACGUCUUUCUGAUCCCGAUGGCGCAGCAGCAGCAGGGCAACGAGAAGGGCCCCGACGGACUGGCGGACAACUUUCGGCAGCUUCUGUCGCAGCACAUGAUGUCCAUGCGCGGCGCGGAGGGCCCCACGGGGCUCACGGGGGUGGCCGGACCCGAGGGACCACCCGGCCCCGAGGGCCAGAAGGGGGAAGCCGGGGACGUCGGCGAGCAGGGCCCGCGAGGGCUGCGGGGCCCGCAGGGGCUGCCAGGCCGAGAGGGGCGGCGGGGGAGGCCGGGCAGGGACGGCGAGCGGGGCGCGUCCGGGCCGCCCGGCGUCAAGGGCGAGCAGGGGGUGCCCGGCCAGCCAGGGUUCCCCGGAGAAAAGGGCGAGCGCGGUUCGACGGGCAACCCCGGCGAACAGGGUCUCCGCGGGCACGACGGCAUCCAGGGCGAGGACGGUCCGCCAGGGCUGCCGGGGCUGCCGGGCGAGCUGGGGCCGCGUGGGUUCGCCGGACCCAGGGGCUUCCCUGGAAUGCCCGGGCCGCCCGGGAUCCCCGGCACGGAGGGCGGCCCGGGCCCCAAGGGCGCGACGGGCCCGCCGGGGCAGCCAGGCGGCCCGGGGCAGACCGGCAACGCGGGCCCCGUCGGGCCGCCCGGGCCGCAGGGCCAGCUGGGGCCACCAGGACUUCCGGGCCCCCAGGGCAAGUCGGGCAUCCCGGGGCUGCCGGGCGCGGACGGCGCGCCGGGGCACCCGGGCAACCCGGGGCUGCCGGGCACCAAGGGCGACCAGGGACCGCCCGGCGCGCAGGGCCCCGUCGGCUUCCCGGGCUCGCGCGGCGUCAAGGGCGACGAGGGCAAGCGCGGCGCGGCCGGCGACAAGGGCGACAAGGGAGACCGCGGCCUGGACGGCGAGAAGGGCGACUUCGGCCCCAAGGGCGAGCGCGGGCCCACGGGACCCAUCGGCGCGGCGGGGCUGGAGGGCCCCGAGGGGCCCAAGGGUUUCGACGGACCGCGCGGCGAGACGGGCCCGUCCGGGCCGCCUGGCGAGAAGGGCAAGCAGGGCAUGCCGGGCACCCCCGGGUACCCGGGCCCGCCGGGAGAGAAGGGCGACAAAGGCGCGGAGGGCCGGGCGGGCCAGGCGGGCGACAAGGGCGAGCGGGGCAACACCGGCGCGGCAGGGGAGCGCGGCGAGGCGGGGCCCCGGGGCUACAGGGGCGCGCGCGGCAGGCGGGGUGGCGACGGCACACCGGGCCCCAAGGGAGACACGGGUCAGCCAGGGCCGCCAGGCCCCCAGGGCGAGCGCGGCCCCCAGGGCGCAGAGGGCCCCCGCGGCUUCCUGGGCCCCCAGGGCCCCGCGGGUGCGGCGGGCAAGGACGGCCAGCCGGGACACCCUGGCGAGAGAGGGCCCCCCGGCGAGGCGGGACCGCCCGGCUCGGCUGGUGCCCCCGGAGUGGUCGGGCCGGCCGGUCCCAGCGGUGAGCCCGGGCCGGUCGGAGAGCCCGGGACCCCUGGACACCCGGGGCUUCCCGGAGAGCCUGGCCAGCCUGGGGAGAGCGGCAAGGAAGGGGCCCCCGGACCCCCGGGACCAGCCGGCAAGACGGGCCCGCCGGGGGGGACGGGGCUGCCUGGCUUCCCCGGCGAGAGGGGGCUGCAAGGACUACCGGGGAUGCCGGGGCUGAAGGGGGAGGCGGGGCCCCUGGGCCCCCCUGGCCCGUCCGGCGACAAGGGCCAGCAGGGCGAGCCGGGCAAGGACGGCCCUCAAGGGCCCGAGGGCAGGAAGGGCCCACCGGGGUCCCCGGGCCCGGGAGGCCACAAGGGUGAGAGGGGCGAGGCCGGCCUGCCCGGUGCCACCGGCCGCGACGGACUGCCCGGCGUCAGGGGGCUCCCGGGCCCCCCGGGGCCCAUCGGCACCCCCGGCGAGGACGGCGACAAGGGCGACGCGGGCCCGCCGGGCGAGAAGGGCUUCAAGGGAGCCCGGGGCGAGACGGGUGGGGUGGGUCCCGCGGGUCCCCAGGGCCUGCGCGGCGAGCCGGGCCCGCUGGGGCCGCCGGGGGAGAAGGGGCCGCCGGGGGAGACGGGGCGCCAGGGCCCCAAGGGGGAGGACGGCCCCACGGGGGUGGCGGGCGCGCCCGGGGCGCCGGGCCCGCAAGGAAUGCCCGGCCCGCCGGGUGUCAAGGGCGAGAUGGGGGACCUCGGAUCCAAAGGUCCUCCGGGACCGGCCGGGCCUCCUGGAGAAGCGGGACACCGAGGCACCAAGGGCCCAGAAGGCCCUCCCGGACCGCAGGGCGCCGAGGGUCUCCAGGGAGCCAAGGGCGAGCCCGGGACUCCGGGACCUCCAGGACCACCGGGUGCCGACGGGAAGCACGGCGAGCGUGGGGCGCUGGGCCCCAAGGGCGAGGAGGGCAAGGCUGGGGUCCAGGGCCCGCCGGGUACCCGGGGCCUCCCCGGGCCCGAAGGCGCCAAGGGCAACGCGGGGCCGCCAGGCUUCCCGGGGCCUCCGGGAGAGGCCGGCUUGCAGGGGCCCAAGGGGGACACCGGUCAGGACGGCGCCGACGGCAAGGCGGGAGACCCGGGCCCGCCCGGGGAGGCGGGGCCGCCGGGGAAGCUGGGACUCACCGGGCCUCCUGGCAAGGCGGGUCCGGAGGGUGCCGCGGGGCUGCAGGGUGGCCCCGGCGCUCCGGGGGAGAAGGGAGAUCGCGGUCCUCUCGGGGCUCCCGGCCUGCAGGGCCCCAUGGGGCAGCAGGGGGAGCCCGGCACCCAGGGCUCGCCGGGGGCGAGGGGCUCCCCGGGGGCCGCGGGCGAGCCGGGUGCGUCGGGCAAGCCGGGCGCGGAGGGCGCCCCGGGCAAGGUGGGCGCCGACGGUCCGCGCGGCCCCAAGGGCGACCGCGGCCGGCGGGGACCCAAGGGCCACCGCGGGGAGAUGGGCGCCUCGGGACUCAAGGGCGAGGCCGGCGACAAGGGCGACAGAGGCAAGCCGGGUCCUCCUGGCCCAGAGGGCCCACGGGGCAACCAGGGUCCUGUCGGGCCGCUGGGACCGAAGGGCAGCGACGGGCCCCCCGGGCUCCCGGGCCUGGAGGGACCCAUGGGGCCCAAGGGCUCCUCGGGGGUGGCUGGGCUCAAGGGCGAGACGGGCCCCGCUGGUCCCCCGGGACCCCCCGGCCCUCCUGGAGAGCCGCCGCUCGUUCCGCCAGAACUGCUGUUCCAGCGGGAGAACAACGUGAAAGCGGACACCCGCAAGAAGCGGGAGGCCGGCAAGGACGCUGACGUCUUGGAGGAUCCCAAGUCGGUGGACAUCGGGCCCAAGUUCAUCGACAUGUACUCGUCCAUCUACUCAAUGCGGCAAGACCUGGAUCGGCUUCGGAAACCCGUCGGCUCCAAGGAGAACCCGGCCAGGACGUGCAGGGACCUCCACUACGGGCAUCCCACCUUCGAGGACGGCUGGUACUGGAUCGACCCCAACCUCGGCAUGGACGACGACGCCGUGUCCGUGUACUGCAACAUGACCGCCGGCGGGGAGACGUGCGUGUUCCCGGACGUCCACUCGAGAGAGAUGCCCAACAUUCCCUGGAGGAGGGAGGGAGACAAGAACGACUGGUACUCCAACCUCCGGGGCGGCUUCAGGAUCACCUACGAGACGGUCGGCGUGGUGCAGACGACGUUCCUGCGCCUGCUGUCAGAGCGCGCGCGCCAGAACUUCACCUACACGUGCAUCAACUCGGCGGCCUGGCUGCCCGAGAAGGACAAGAAGGCCCAGAGCCUCGACAGCGCCCUCAGGCUCCUCGGGGACGACGAACACGUCUUCCUCGCCAACGACACCGGCCCUGAUCGUCCCGCUGUGCUGCACGACGGCUGCAAGAGCCGGAAGGCCAAAAGUGAGACUGUCUUCCAAGUAGUGACGAAGAAAAUGACUCAUCUCCCAAUUGUGGACUUUUAUCCUGUAGAUUACGGAUCCCCACAUCAAGCGUUCGGUUUCCAUGUUGGUCCUGUGUGCUUUAAGUAACAAACACUCAAUAAUUUUGUGACUUUUCUGUAACAAUGCGUAGGUAAAACUGCAAGUUCAAAUGUGCCUUUUGAAUGUGUCCUCAAAUUAUUAGUUUAAUUUUUGCGUAUUUUUUCGUGAAAGUACCUGGCACAGGACGUGUGGACAUUUAGAAUGCGUGGAGUCAGGUGGACGCCAGAGCAUGACCGACCGCUCGAGUUGAACAGACUGAAUUCUAGACAUAAGAGAGGGGGAAGUACCAAAACGAUCUUGUUUUCCAAAAUCAGCCAAUAAGUGUCUAGUUUAAGAAAAAGAUCACUGCCAAAUAUAAAUGUUAGCAUAAUAAAUAAACAAUCUCGUAAGUA